AUGGAAAAAGAAUUGGCUCCAAAUAUAUUCAAAUCAAUGGAUGGUUUCAUCUUCAUUUUAUCUCAGGAGGGGAAAAUUUUGUACAUAUCUGAAACAGCUUCUGUUCUGUUGGGUUUGUCUCAGGUUGAAAUGACCGGGAAUGAAAUAACCGAGUAUCUCCAUCCACUGGACCAUGAAGAAUUAAAACAAAUACUUACCAUCCAUCCAUCAGAGAUAGCUGCAAAUGCUGGUCAGUCAGAAUUCACACUUGAACGUAGUUUUUUCCUACGCGUAAAAUGCGUUUUGGCCAAAAGAAAUGCUGGGUUAACUACUGCAGGUUUCAAAGUGAUACACUGUAAUGGACAUUUGCGUGUUCGUGUCAUUCACUUAGAAGGCUAUCAGUACUAUCAAAAUUUAGGCCUAAUAUCAUUUGCUUACGCAAUCCCGUCGCCGAAUACAAACAACACAGAAAUACGUUUAAGCAUGGAUAUGUUUAUGUUUCGUGCCAGUUUAGACUUGAAACUAAUAUUUUUGGAAGGCAGAAUUACUCAGAUAACUGGUUUCCAACCGCAGGAAUUGGUGGAUAAAACACUUUACCAACUGGUUCAUGCUGCAGAUGUUGGAUCAUUAAAGCAUUCUCAUGAAAUACUUUUGACUAAAGGUCAAGUGACAACUCCAUAUUAUCGUCUACUGAAUAAAUCUGGAGGUUGGAUAUGGAUACAAUCGUAUGCCACUAUAGUUCACAAUAGCAGAUCAUCACGACCUAACUGCAUCGUCAGCGUGAAUUAUCUUCUGUCAGAACUUGAAUUUAGUGAGUACUGUUUAUUAAAUGAUCCAUUAAUGUACGAAGAUACUGUCGGUCAGCAUCAACAAGCAAAAACAAAUCGUGUGGUGACGAAUACACCACCACCACUACAACAACAACAACAACAAGCUCAACUGUUACCACCAGUGCAACCGACUGCUAAAACUAUGAUUAGUUAUGAGAAUGACACAAAGAACAGAAUGAAUGAAUACUACCGUAGUGAGUACAUAUCAAAAAUAUCAGGUAGAAGUAAUGAUGAUCCACCCCAAAAACGUACACGUCGGUGGAACACUACUAACACCCUCCACCAUGACAACACUAUCAUGUGUGGGAAUGAUAAUAGUAAUAAUAACAUUAAUUCACACAAUUCUGUGUUCAAAUCUCAGACAAUGUCUGAACAUUUAACAAACAGUACAGACUGUUACUUUAGCAAUUACAAUCAGCAUAAUUUAAAGUCUAUGUUACCUACAGACAUAACUCAACUACCGUAUGACGUAUGGACAACAGAAUUACAGAAGCAACAACAACAACAGCAGCAAGAAUAUCCAGAACAAACAUAUACAUCAGUCUAUCAAGAAAAUGUUAAUAAGGUAGUGAAUUACAAAACUCCAAAGUAUCCAAUGUACAAUGAAUGCUCUAAAGAAAAUGAAGGCAGUGUAUUAGUCUCACAAUGGUCGCAUAUGAAUGUAGACGCAAACUGUCAGCUACAUCAUCAGCAUCCUCAUGACUAUUCUGUUCAGAUGCAUUCAUCACCAGCAAAUUCAACAAUUAGGUCAGAUGGAUCAGCACUUGCACCCUCUGAGACAAUAACAAAAGUACAGAGUGAUAUGAAUUUUUUGUGUAAAAAAUUAGAUGUUUCUCAACAUCAGUCACAAGCACAUCCUUGUGAUGGACAUCCUCCACUUAUGGGAGAAACCAUGGUGGGAAUGGGUGGGUCAAAUGAAACAACAUAUUCAAAUGGUAAACUUUCGAUCAUCGAUAAUUUAAGGAGGUUAGAAGGUCAUUGCGGGGAAGCAGGAGAAGAAGAAGACGAAGACGAAGAAGAAGAAGAGGUUGACGGGGAACACGAGAACGAAGAGGAGUGAAGCUGCCUUAAAUGUGAUACUACUCAGAUGGGUGAAGCAUAUUACUCACAAGCGUACCUACUUUCACUUUAAUGCUGUAACAUGAAUACAAGGCAAUAAAAAAUGUAACUGAUAAACAGUCUUAACCAAUACCACACACAAGUUCCCAGCGCCAAUACUCGUUUGUUAGUUAAUUCAUGUAAACAAAUGCAAAGCCAGAAUAAAAGAUUGGAACUGUCAUUUUCGCAUAAUCAGUAGUUCACUGAUAUAAGAGCAGACUGUAUCAUUAUCACCAAGUAUUCUCAAUUAAUAAAUCUAAAUUAUAAUAAAACUGUGAUCUGGCUUUGCAACAGAAUAACUCUCAUUAUUUGCUUUUGCACAGA